ACAAAUUCCAAGAGCAACUCCAACAACUCUAGAUACCAUGAAGUACUUAACAUGUGAAUAUCAUUGCUUACACAACAGUAGUGUAUGCUGUGUCACGGGACGGCUGGGAUACAUCCGAUGUAUCAACUAGCGGCUGUGAUCUCUCCCUCCCCUCCCAGAUGUAUUCGAUCCAGUGGCUGUCAUUGGCCCACCACCUCUGGAAAGAUAAAAGAGAAUCCGUUCACUAUCUUUUGUAACGCCUCAAUGAGGCCUGUAUUCACUCUGGGUGAUUCAGUUCUUCCGUUAUCUGUGAUUGAAUCUUCGAUUUCCAUUAAUUGGAUUUUCUCAAUAGCAUCUCAGGGCCGCUCGGAGUUCCCCUUCAGAAAAUUUCACAGAUUCUGAAAUAAGUGACGAUUCUAGGGUUUCCCUAAUAAUUAGAAUUGCGAUGGGAUUGAUUUAUUGGUGAAAUUAAAGCAAAAGAAACGCACGCCAUGGAUUUCAUUGCCUGCUACCUCUUUAAAUUAUUUCCAAAAAUCACAGGAAAUCAUCAGUCUCACAGGUUCACCAUCUUCCCAAUCAAAUAGAGAAAUGGCGUCACAGGUUACUUGCAAUAUUCAUAAGGUUGGACCCUUAGCCACACAGGACACACUCAAGAGCUUACCAUCGCUUGACGAAGGAAAAACAAGCAUCGUUACCGUCCGUGUUACCCGGAAAUGGGAAGAGUUGGACUUUAUGUCGACCAACGACGUUACCAGCAUUGAUAUGGUUAUUGUUGACGAGCAGGGGGAAGAAUUACACGCUGUCAUACCCAAAAAUCUUAUUUGGAAGUUUGAUAAGUUGAUUCGGGAGGGGUGUCUGUACUCUAUGCAGAAACUACACUUGACCACUGCUAAACCCAAGUUCUGUCCUGCGCACAAUGAGAAGCGGGCCUUCUUCCGGAGCACCACCUCCGUUUCUGCUUUGGAUGCGUAUUCCGUGUCCAUUAUUCCCCAGAAAAACCUCCAGAACAUACAUCUUACAGAUGUGGUUGGGUUCUUAAAAACUGUCACGAACAUCCAGGUGCUUCAAAGGUCCGGUGGGAAAUUAAGACGAAUGCGCGAGAUCACAAUUGAAAAUCUCAGGGGCACAACUAUGAAAAUUGCUCUAUGGGGUUCUGCCGCCAACCAAGUAGGGAAUGACCCAAUUGAUUGCGACUCCGUCCCCCGUCCUGUGGUUGUUGCUGUUUGCUCCACUUUUGUUAAGAACUACCAAGCUAAUUCAGGGAGAAUCACCCUAUCUUUAACAAAUGCCACCAAAGUCUACACUGAUGCAGACAUAACUGAAGCCGUGGAAAUGCGAGAAAGGUGCCCCUAUGCUAGGCCGCCCCGCCAUAUUGUGAUACCGACUAAGCAGGGCAAAUUACCCAUACAUUUCAAUUCUGACAACAGGAAAACAAUAUCGCAGCUGCUAUCCGUCAAAUGGGAUCCUUCCUGCCAGGCCGCCAAUGUUCUCAUAUGUAACGCCACCGCUACCCAUGUGCUGAUUGAAAUUGGUUGGCACUAUCUUGCCUGCCAUAGGUGUAGCAAGAAGGUUAUGGGUGACGAUGGAGACCUUUGGUGCACUAAAUGUGAAGCCAAAGUUGAAAUGCCCAUUGCAAGGUAAUCACUCAGAACCUAACUUUCAAAGACUCGGAAAUGUCGAAAGCUAUCCAUCACUUAACCAAUGCAUGGGUCGAUUGUUCCUUUUUGCAUCACAUGUUCAUGGUCCGCUUUGAGGUGGAGGACCACACUGGCACCACAAUGUUUGUAGCUCUUGAUAGUGAAGUUCAGAAAUUGGUCUGUUCUACCACAACUGAGCUCACAGGAGCGUCAGAGGAUAAUGCAAAAUCUGCGAUAAUAUCUGGAUUCUCGCAGAUACUAAAGCAAGCUGUUGAUUUCCAAAAUACUAUCAAUUCCUUCAACAUGAAGCAAAACAUACCUUCCAGCUUCACCGUCAUCCGCAUUCACUCCCCUACUCUGCCAGGCAAAGGUGUUUUUGUGACGGUGAAAGACACUGUUGAUGUACCGCACACGAAGAAACCUCGCCUUGACGAAACAACUGGGGUGGAGGAUAUUAAGGAUGAAGUUGCCGAAUGAGUUGGGCAUCGCCACUGGAAUAUAUAUAAAUAAAACAUUACAUGAAUCUUUGUUCAGUAUUGUUGUUUGCUUUCUGUUUUCUUUGUUUCAACUCCAUGUUUCGCAGUUUGCUUACGGCCUUGAUAACAGUUAUGCUUUAUUAUCAGGUUCCGCGUUUCAACACUAGGUUUUUUUUUUUAUAAAAGUUUCAGAACCUUAAUUGUCCA